CGGCCCCCUCCCGCGGCCGGUGACAUCACCGUAUUCCGGUCCCCGGCUCCUCCCGCCGCCGCGCCUGCAGCUGCAGUGACAGGAGAGCCCGGCCCGGUGGCGGAGAGGAAGUGCGGGGCCGCAGCGCCGAGCCCGUCACCGCCGAGGCCGGCUCCCCGCGGCGGCUCGGGUGACAGCGUCGCGGCCGCCGCGCACAGCGCGGAGCGCGCGCGGGGCAGAGCCGAGCGCCAGGCAGAGGCUUCAGCAGGGACGCGGGGAAAAUGGCUGAUGACUUUGGCUUCUUCUCGUCGUCGGAGAGCGGGGCCCCGGAGGCGCUUGAGGAGGACCCGGCGGCUGCCUUUCUGGCCCAGCAGGAGAGCGAGAUCGCGGGCAUAGAGAAUGACGAAGGCUUCGGGGCACCUGCCCGCAGCCAGCUGGCCUCCGCGCAGCCGGGACCCGCGAGUGGGGCCGGUUCUGAGGACAUGGGGACCACAGUCAAUGGAGAUGUGUUUCAGGAGGCUAACGGUCCUGCCGACGGCUAUGCCGCGAUUGCCCAGGCUGACAGGCUGACUCAGGAGCCCGAGAGCAUCCGCAAGUGGAGAGAGGAGCAGAGGAAACGGCUGCAAGAGCUGGAUGCUGCCUCUAAGGUGACAGAACAGGAGUGGCGAGAGAAGGCCAAGAAGGACCUAGAGGAGUGGAACCAGCGCCAGAGUGAGCAAGUUGAGAAGAACAAGAUCAACAACCGGGCAUCCGAGGAGGCUUUUGUGAAGGAAUCCAAGGAGGAGACCCCAGGCACAGAGUGGGAAAAGGUGGCUCAGCUAUGUGACUUCAACCCCAAGAGCAGCAAGCAGUGCAAAGACGUGUCCCGCCUGCGGUCGGUGCUCAUGUCCCUGAAGCAGACGCCGCUGUCCCGUUAGUUGCCUGUCAUAAGCAUGGCCACAAAGCAUGGGACAGGCCUGGGCAGAGGAGGGGCAGCUGCUUUGGCUGGGGUGGAAACUGUCUCCAGCAGCUGCUGCACACAGCCCAUUCUGUUCCCCUCCAUCUCCCGGGGCUGGAAAGGGGGACCCUCACCCCUCUAGCCCCUUACUCCCACCUGGCCCUGUGGUCCAGCCCCUCAUGCUUCCUCUCAGUCCACUCAAUUGUGACUGUCCCUCCUGAUGUAUUUUUUUUCUUGGCUUAAAGGAUGUGUUGUUAACUCUU